GUUCAAAUAUGCUGGGUGCCGUUUACGUUGCAAAUAGAGAUGAAAGAGUUGGAAAGAUACGAAGACCACAUUGUUUACAUAUUCAAUUUUCGAAAGACGAACAAUUUGACGAAGGAAUUAGAAAUGCUGCUAAAAGCAUUGUUUUAAAAUGCUUGAUGAAAACUCAUAUCAAAACAAUUGCAGUGAGGACAUACAACGCUGUAGAUAUUACUUGUAACUCAAGAGCUGCGGUAUUACAAUUAGCAACGUUUUUAGAAGCUGAACCUCAUACCAUACUUAAAUGGCAUUUAUAUGAGCCGGAAUUGAUUGCAGCUGUGCAGACCUGGGUUUUCUUAAAACUGUAAAAUGGUUAACGCUGGACGGUAUGAUACCCUAACAAUUUUGAUUUAGAAAUCAGGUUGAGAAAUAGAGAAAUAACAGUCUCUGAGUCUGUCAAUAGGAAAGAAUCAAUUUUCAAAAUAUUUUCUUUCUGAAUGUUUUGUUAUUCAUACUAGGGUGCUAUCCAUUAAUAAUUUAUCCAUACAUUGCAAUUACUAUAAGUGUUCUUUCCAUUGAAUAUGUGAAUUUCUUGCAAUUUCAGUAU